CAAGAGCUGCACGGUCUAUAGCGCUAUGAGAAGGGGAAGUGUAAGCAACAGCAAAGUUCCCUCAACACCAGUCUGAAAGCUGAGACAAAAAGAUUAUUCUCCCAAACUGGUCUGAUCAGGUGUUACAGAAUGGCUCAAGGCUGCCUCAAGUGUUUAAAGUACACCAUGUGCUUCGCCAACUUCCUUUGUUUUAUGUGUGGAGUGGCGGUGCUGAGCUUCGGCGUCUACAUGAUGGUCACUUUUAGGAUGGCUGCGCUCACCCCGACCUUGGCCAGCUUCAACACAUCCAACAUGCUGCUGAUCAGUGGCAUCGUCAUCACCUGCGUGUCCUUCCUGGGCUUCCUGGGUGCUCUGAAGGAGAACCGCUGUCUCCUCCUGACGUUUUUCCUGCUGCUGUUCUUGCUGAUGCUGGUGGAGCUGACUGCAGCAUGCUUGCUACUCAUGUAUGAGGGAGAGAUAGGUAAUAUGGUGAAAGACGAUCUCAACAAGGGUUUGGUAAAGGCCAAAGGAAAGACUGGAAACUCAACGGAUGUGAUGAGUGAGUGGGAUUUUCUUCAGGUGAAGCUUGGUUGCUGCGGAGUCACCAAUCAGACAGACUGGGGAGAGAAAGUGCCCGACUCCUGCUGCGUUAAUAAUUGUAAAACCCUGCCGGUCCAGUACAGCGAAAAGGGUUGUUUGGACAUGAUACGGAACUUGUUUGAGGAGAAUUUCCUUACCACUGGGAUUUCCGUCAUUGUCCUCUGCAUUAUCGAGGUCUUGGGAAUGUGUUUCGCCAUGACGCUUUUCUGCCACAUCAGUAGAUCUGGACUUGGCUACAAGUUAUAGACAAUAUUCUCUCAAACAAUAGAACCUUUAUCUGUGUAUCUUAAAGUCCAUUUUGUUGUACAGUUCUUGUCCUUUGAUCAAAUCAUGUUUGCAGACGGAUAGAAAAGGGAUGUUUCUGGAAAAAGCUUUAGUAACAUCAUAAACUAAUUAAUUGGAUAACAAAUAUAAGAGAAUAAGAAUAUGAGAAUUUAUUAACAAAUUGUGAUAAUAUAUAAUAAAAAUAAUCUUUGCUUUGCCAUGAUCCCGAAAUAUCUUUCAACAGAAUUAUCUUUUUAAUUCUCAAGAAUUUUUUUAAUGUUUUAGACAACUCUGGCCUUCCAUUGUGAGCGAGUGAGCAAUGUAAAAUGCUAUUUCAGUCCGAGCUGUCUGAAAUGAAAGCUGCUUGUUGCCAAGUUUCUCUUAACUUCUCCAUAUUUUCAUCUUCUGAAAUAAUGAUGAAACGCAGCUUUUUCUGUCACAUAUUACAUUUCUGUUGUAACCUUCUUCCCCGAUCUCCUAAAUAAUGUACCAAUAAAGCAUUGUCUACAGAAAUAAAAAUGGCGCUUUAUCCUCCA